GUUAGACUCAUAUUAUGAUACAUUGGAUGCCAUUAUUUGGUGAAAAUUAUUAACAAAACACAAUACGAGUCAAUAGUAAUACUCAUAUGUAAUGAAUGAUUGCAUACAAACACUAAUUAAAUAACAACUGAAUGCUAAUCAUAAGUCAUAUGCUAUCGACACCAACACAUUGAUGACCAACUAAUACAUUGACUGUUCAACUCUUCAGACUAACAGUGUCUUCAAACAGACCAUUGAUUUACAAUUAUUAUAGAGAUUGAUUCAACAAAGCCAUCAAAAACGGAUCCCAACGGUUCUCACAUACGGCUCAAGUCAAACAAAUUGUCGGACAUAUUGUCCUCAUCACGACUGAUCACUUUGUGGACAUUACUUGUGUUGGCAUCACUUGUGAUGAAGAGAAGAAAUGGUGAUUUGUCUGGAGCUAAACUCAGACAUCGGACCAAUAAGAAGAGCAAAAUUGCCGAUGGACUCAAUCAAAGUCCAUUCAUUUAUGUGAAAUUUUUUCUGGUGUGGGCUCUGGUACUUCUCGCUGACUUUAUUGUCGAGUUUCGCUUUGAAUAUUUGUGGCCAUUUUGGCUACUAUUGAGAAGUGUUUACGACUCAUUCAAAUAUCAAGGAUUGGCAUUUUCGGUAUUCUUUGUAUUUAUAGCGUUGACGUCUGAUAUGAUAUGUUUCCUAUUUAUACCGGUUCACUGGCUAUUUUUUGCGGCCAGCACUUAUGUAUGGGUACAAUACGUUUGGCACACCGAACGGGGCAUAUGUCUGCCUACAGUAUCUCUUUGGUUACUUUUUGUAUAUAUAGAAGCAUCAGUUAGACUCAGAGAACUUAAGAACUUACCAUUUCAUCUGGACCUCUGUCGACCCUUUGCCGCCCAUUGUAUCGGUUAUCCUGUGGUCACAUUGGGCUUCGGAUUCAAGUCAUAUGUUAGUUACCGAAUGAGGUUAAGAAAGCAGAAAGAAGUAGCAAAAGAAAACGAGUUUUAUUUGGAAAUUCUUCAGAAAGCCUUACCACAAGAGGCACCACCACCUCCUGCCCCCAGUUUGCCCGUCGAUACUGAACUCAUACAAAGCAAUGGCGUCAAUCAUUGUGCUCCUAAUCAUCAAAAGAAGUCGAGCAUCAGUUCAACAAAUUCUGACAAAUCUUUGAUAUUAAGCAAUGGAUCGACCAAUAAAUUAAUUACAGAUUACGACUCAACAAAUAAGAAAACAAUGUCUAAUGGCAUUGACAAACAUGAAUUACAAUAUAUGGAGACACAGAUUAUCAAAAAGCCAACAAAUCAUUAUGAGAAUGACGACGAUGUCGAUGAUAUAGUAGAGCAUAACAACAGUACUAAUAAGACUCAUAUGAAAAACAUAACAACACUUACAAACUCACCGAAAGGCACAAACAUAGCCAACCUCUCGAUGAGUUCACCCUCAGCGGUGUCUCAUACAAACCAGACAUCCAAUAACAGCAAAUGGACUCAUAAUAACCUUAAUGUGUCCAAUGUUUCCGUUGCCAGCAAUCAGUGCUCACCAAACACUAAUUCUUCAAAUAACAACUCUAACAGUAAUACUAAUACUAAUAAUAGUAAUAGUAAUACCAAUAAAAAAGCCAAAAAUAUAAUCGCCAACAAUUUGUUACCCGUUAAGGAUGAGCACACACUCAGAUUGGAGGCAGAUAUCAAACGUUUAAAGGCUGAUCUUCAAGCAUCCCGUCAACUAGAACUUGAUCUUCGAUCUCAACUUAAUUCAAUCAUUGUUGACGAAAGAUCAGUAAAGAAUGAGUUAACACAACUACGUCAGGACAAUGAAAAUCUUCAGCAGAGACUCCAUAAUUUGGUUACAGCCAAACAACAGGACAAACAAACUAUUGUUAAGUUAGAGAAAUAUUUAGAUGAGGAGAAAAAGCGCCUCAAAUCUAAUCUCGAGCUUCAAAUAAAUAAUGAAAAGAAGGCCAAAAAGGCUGAAGAAGUGGCGGUUCGGGCCGCGGCUAUUGCAGCCGCCAAUAGAGCCGAGUGUUCGGAGACAUGUAAAGCAAAAAGAAGGGAUUUGGAGAAUGAUCUCAAACAAGUGCAACACGAGUUUAAACUUAAAGAUGAACAGCUCAAGCAAAGCGAAAAAGCUUUGCGUCAAUAUAAGAACUCACACGAAGACCACGAAGUGCUUAUGUCUGCACUAUCGGCAAUGCAGGAGAAAAAUUCACACUUAGAGAAAAAUCUAAGCGCAGAAACAAGACUUAAAUUGGAUUUGUUUUCAGCAUUAGAUGAGACUAAACGGCAAUUGGAAAUGGCCAGAAUGAUAUUACUUCAACGUGAGAAAGAAAUUGAUGAGUUGAAGUCGAAAAUUGCUGAAGUGAUGGCCGUAAUGCCGACCUCACCUAAUGGCAGUUAUGGGAGUUUAGCUGAUAACGUAUCUCUUGUAAAUAGUUUACUGCCUGUCUUUGGACAUAACCAUAAUAACCAUAACCACAACCACAACCACAACAAUCACAAUAAAUAUCUUCAAUCGUCUAUAAUAGACGACCAUAUGUCUAACACUUCACCACUGGAUCCCAAUGCUUCUAUAUAUACUCCCAAAGUGGGUUCACCUGAUCUCUAGAUAUCUGAUGACAACCACAACAAUACAUUAACGAGUUAUUUAUUUGUAACUAUAACUCAAUUGUAAAAAAUUGGUGUUAAAUGUCGAUAAAAUUAUUGAAAAUUUAUUUAUAAAUUAUUUCCUUUUCUCCCAAAUGUUUUGCUUUUUUGGAAAACAUUAUUUUCCCCCAAAAAACUAAUGACUGAAAAUAUUU